UGCUGACGUCACCUCAGCGUGGUGACUUUCAGGGCUGGAAGACCACGUGAGCGAUGUGGGCGUGGCUAGACACCGGAGCGGGCUGUGCAUCUACCCUGGUGUUUGUUAUCUCGCGAGCGCCGCUGCGUGUCCUCGUGCCCUCCGUCUUGCCUGCGGGCCGGAGGCUUCUGCACGAGAACAGCCGCCAUGCUGGGCGCCCGGGGCCUGCUCCGGGGACUGCGCGCCUGCUCCUCCGCUCCCCGCCCGAGGCGCGCGCUUCCGGCCAGGCUGAGCGUGCUGGCGGCGCUCGGGGCCGCGGGCGGGGAGCGCAUUAAAGUCCAGGGGUGGAUUCGUUCAGUCAGAUCCCAGAAAGAAGUCCUGUUCCUGCAUGUAAAUGAUGGCUCAUCUUUGGAAAGCCUUCAGGUUGUAGCUGAUUCAAGCUUGGAUAAUGGAGAAUUGACUUUUGGGAGUUCUGUAGAAGUUCAAGGGCAGCUGGUACAAAGUCCAUCCAGAAUGCAAAAUGUGGAACUGAAGGCAGAGAAAAUUGAAGUUGUUGGGAAUUGUGAUGCCAAGAAUUUCCCUCUUAAAUAUAAAGAGAGGCAUCCUCUAGAAUAUCUGAGACAAUAUCCUCAUCUGAGGUGUAGGACCAAUGCCCUGAGCUCUAUCCUGAGGAUUCGCAGUGAAGCCACAGCUGCUAUUCACUCUUUCUUCAAGGAAAGUGGCUUUGUGCAUAUUCAUACUCCAAUAAUCACAUCCAAUGACUGUGAGGGGGCUGGAGAAAUUUUUCAAAUUGAACCUUCAAGCAAAAUAAAUGGAUCUGAUGAGAAUUUCUUCAAUGUUCCUGCUUUCUUAACUGUCUCAGGACAACUUCACCUAGAAGUGAUGUCAGGGGCUUUCACUCAGGUAUUUACCUUUGGUCCAACAUUCCGAGCAGAAAAUUCUCAGAGCCGGAGACACCUGGCAGAGUUUUACAUGGUAGAAGCAGAGAUUUCUUUUGUUGAGAACCUGCAGGAUAUCAUGCAGGUCAUGGAGGGGCUCUUCAAGACAGCCACUAUGACAGUUCUUUCAAACUGUCCUGAAGAUGUUGAGCUCUGUCACAAAUUUAUAGCUCCUGGCCAAAAGGACAGACUAGAUCAUAUGCUAAAGAACAACUUUUUAAUUAUUUCUUAUACUGAAGCAAUAGAGAUCUUAAAGAAGGCAUCCCAGAAUUUCACCUUCACCCCAGAGUGGGGUGCUGACCUACACACUGAGCAUGAAAAGUACCUGGUGAAGCACUGUGGCAAUGUACCAGUCUUUGUUAUUAACUAUCCACUAACACUGAAGCCUUUCUACAUGAGGGAUAAUGAAGAUGGCCCUCAACACACAGUUGCUGCUGUUGAUCUGCUAGUUCCAGGAGUUGGAGAGCUCUUUGGAGGAAGCCUCAGAGAGGAGCGGUAUCAUUUCUUAGAGCAACAACUAGCCAGACUAGGACUAACAGAAGUCUACCAAUGGUACCUGGACCUCCGUCAGUUUGGAUCAGUGCCACAUGGAGGUUUUGGGAUGGGAUUUGAACGCUACCUACAGUGUAUCUUGGGAGUUGACAAUAUCAAAGAUGUUAUUCCCUUUCCACGAUUUCCUCACUCUUGUCUUCUAUAAUUGGAUAGCUGGCUAAUAAAACCAUCCCAUGCCAAAGACACUGCUAAUUUAAUAUACAGAUGGGACAACAUGUUUGAGUUCUAUAAAAUGUAAGGUUUUCGGUGUAUGAUCUAUGUGUCUUAAACUAUAAUAUAUAAAAAAUAGAAAUGAUUAUGAUUUUCUUUUAAAAAAAUGGAAGGAAAUCUAUAUGUUAAUUAGAAGAAGUGAAGAAAUUUACCUAGAGAUUAAUCAGAUAUUCUUCCAAACUCUAAAACAAAAUGAAAUAGUAUAUUUAACUACGUCUUUUAAGUAUAAUAAAAUAUAUGAUUUUUCCCUUGCUACAUAACUAGUAAUAAAUGUCCAUCUUAUUCUUGGUGCCUUACUAACCAUGACAGAAGAAAAUACUCCUUUUUAGCUUUGAGUUAAUAAAAUUACUGUUCAGAAUCUUCUCCUACAGAUUGAGUGAAAAAUGCAUAACUUACUCUUUAGUUACAAAAGCUAAUGAGAUGUAUUAAUUAUUUUAAUCACUUGUGUUAUAGUUAGAUAUUAAAUGUUGAUGACUUCUCUAAUAAUAGGUAUUUAUUUAUGUAGUCUACACUCAACUUUUUCUUUCUUUCUAUUUCAGGUAGAGAGAAUGAGAUAGUGGGCCUGGGUGGUGGCACACCUGGCUGAGUGUACAUGUUACAAUGUGCAAGGACCUGGGUUCAUGUCCCCAGUCCCCACCUGCAGGCGGAAAGCUUUGUGAAUGGUGGAGCAAAAUCGCAGGUGUCUCUCUGUCUCUCUUCUUCUUUAUCGCCCUCUUCCCUCUCAGUUUCUGGCUGUCUCUAUCCAAAAAAUAAAGAUAAUAAAAAAAAUU